AUGUUUUACCUUGAACAACUUCCGUUUUACCCAUACCUCUGUGACUCGUGCAAUAAAUGCCUGGAGAUCCACGAGCUUCUAAUGGACGGCCACCAAAAGUGUAAGCUUCCUCUUGACGGGAUUGUGGGCUUCCACUCUAUUCGUUUCGCCACUUCUAACGCCAAGGAGAUGGCUUCUUAUCUUGAAUACUCUCUUGACUGUAAAGAGAUUGCCUACCGAGGUUUGGAGACGGGCUCUGUCAUGCUUGCCUCUCAUGUGGUGAAGAAGAACGACUGUGUGUUUGAGCUUAUCAAUACUUUGGGUAGAGGUGACUCAAGACCUGGCUCUAAAAGAUCUAGGCCAAACACGAGUUCGAGCAGACCAGGCACGGCAAGACUGGCGAAAGCGCCCGUUACUCUACCAGUAGGCGGCAGCGAUAGCACCCUCCAUGAUAUAGCUCUGGCGGCUGCACAGUUGAGCCAAGACGCUCAAGAUUCUUCAGCGGUAGACGAGUUUGUGGCUUGUCAUGGUAUGGGCGUUAUAGAUGUCUCUUUUGAGGUGGUGGAUGUUGAUGCAGCUUUCGAAAGGGCAGUGUUUUAUGGUGCUACUAACAUUAGACGUCCUGCUGUUAUAGGAGAUGAACACGGUUCUGUGAAGCUUGCAGUGGUGGGCGUUCCAGACUCUGAUCUUCGCCAUACCCUCAUCCAGAAGUUGGAUUACAAGGGCCCCUACUUGCCGUUUUAUAAGCUGUCGUGGCUGCUUCCAAUGUGCCAGGGUGGUCCAGUGCCUAUAUCUGAAAUUGACCAUUGCGUUCAGAACUUCAGCUGGAACGAAAUGACCAUCUAUGCCACUUUCUACGCUUCGGCUUUUGGUCUUCACAAGUUCUGGUCUGUUGACGAACAGGAUGUGUCUACUGGCGCCACUGCCUUGAAGUCCAUUGUCAUGGCUUCGGCAAAUGGAAAAGUCAAGAUGCCUAUUAACGAGCCAGCCAAGGGCAGAAUGAAGGGCCAAAUUGAAGAGUUCUACGAGUUCUACAAUGGUCCUGGCGUUCAACAUAUUGCCUUGAAGUCCAGAGAUAUCGUCCAGCUGGUCAAGGGAAUGCGUUCUAGAGGCGUUGAAUUCAACACCAUCUCUGAUACCUAUUAUAACGAUUUAAUGGAGCGCUUGACUAAGAACUCCAUUGAGCUCUUUGAGUCGUUUAAAGAAUUGAGGAAGUACAAUAUCCUUGUGGAUUUCGAUCCAUCAACGAAGUACAAGUCUAGGGACGGAAAGACCCGGUGCCAUUAUAUUCUUCAAAUCUUCACUAAACCACUCCACGAUAGACCAACUUUGUUCUUGGAAAUCAUCCAACGCCGUCACCAUAAUGGCUUUGGCAAGGGUACCUUCAAGGGUUUGUUCGAGACCAUUGAGGCUCAGCAACGGCUCCGUGGAACAUUGGUCCCUUCGGCAUUAAUGUGA